CCGGCCCCGCCCCCUUCUUCAGCCCGCUCCGCCCGAGCCCCUGUCGAACGCCACCCCGCCCCCCAGGCCUGGCGCGGUGGGCCGACCCCGCCUCUGGCUGACCACCUCCGAUCCCGUGGCCUCACCUCUGACCCCUAGGACCAGCCUUCCCAUCCUCCAGUGUCUCUGUCUCGACCCCUCCCACGCCUCCAAACCCUUCCCUGCCCUGGACCAGCCAGUCAGUGCGAGGGUCCUCGCGAAUCAAGGAGCUGCUUGCUGCUUCCAAGCCCGAUUCUACUGGCCCAGCCUUCCUAGGGGUGUUUAGGACACCCGUUACCCACAUCUUCGAGGGUAGCUUUUGCACAGGCUCCAGUGUCUACAGGGCGGGAGGAUGGAAACAGAUCCUAAUUGGAACUGAGGUUCAGGGCAGCUCUCAGGGCCUGUGUGGGGCAAGAGGAUGCUUUCCCAGCCCCACCAUGGAGCUGCGCUGUGGGGGAUUGCUGUUCAGUUCUCGCUUUGAUUCAGGGAACCUAGCCCAUGUGGAAAAGGUGGAAACAGUUUCUAGCGAUGGGGAAGGAGUAGGAGGGGGGGCUUCAGCCCCCACUAGUAGCAUUGCUUCCCCUGACUACGAGUUCAACGUGUGGACCCGGCCGGACUGUGCUGAAACAGAAUUUGAGAACGGGAACAGGUCAUGGUUCUACUUCAGUGUCCGGGGAGGAACUCCAGGGAAACUUAUCAAGAUCAACAUUAUGAACAUGAACAAGCAAAGCAAGCUAUAUUCUCAGGGCAUGGCCCCCUUUGUGCGCACGUUGCCUUCCCGGCCACGCUGGGAACGCAUUAGAGACCGGCCCACCUUUGAGAUGACAGAGACACAGUUUGUGCUAUCCUUUGUUCACCGUUUCGUAGAGGGCCGGGGAGCCACCACCUUCUUUGCCUUCUGCUACCCCUUCUCCUACAGCGACUGCCAGGAUUUGCUAAGCCAGCUAGACCAGCGCUUUCCAGAGAAUCACUCUACCCAUAGCAGUCCUCUGGAUAGCAUUUAUUACCACCGGGAGCUUCUCUGCUAUUCUCUGGAUGGACUUCGGGUAGAUCUACUAACAGUCACUUCCUGCCAUGGGCUUCGAGAAGAUCGGGAGCCCCGUCUAGAGCAGCUAUUCCCUGAUCUUAGCACUCCCCGACCCUUCCGUUUCACAGGCAAAAGGAUAUUCUUCUUAAGCAGCAGGGUACACCCUGGAGAGACUCCAUCUAGCUUUGUCUUCAAUGGCUUUUUGGACUUCAUCCUUCGACCUGAUGACCCCCGGGCACAAACCCUACGUCGACUCUUUGUCUUUAAGUUGAUUCCUAUGUUAAACCCUGAUGGUGUGGUUCGGGGUCACUACCGCACAGACUCCCGUGGGGUGAAUCUCAACCGUCAGUACCUGAAGCCUGACGCCAUCCUGCACCCAGCCAUCUAUGGCGCAAAAGCUGUGCUCCUCUACCAUCACGUGCACUCCCGGCUCAAUGCCAAGAGUCCCUGUGCCCCGCAGCCCAGUCCCCAUCUCCAGCCUGAGACUCCUCUUUCUGACCUUGAGAAAGUCAACAACCUCCACAAUGAAGCUCACCUUGGACAGCCACCUGAUGGGGAAAGCCCUGAGACCUGGGCUGAGCCAGAGCCAGCAGCAGAAGAGAAGACUGACACUGUGUGGAUUAUGCCACAACAGUCUCCUGAACUGGAAGAGCCAGCCCCUGACACCAUCCCCCCAAAAGAGAGUGGUGUUGCUUACUAUGUGGACUUGCAUGGACAUGCUUCCAAAAGGGGCUGCUUCAUGUAUGGAAACAGCUUUAGUGAUGAGAGCACCCAGGUGGAAAACAUGUUAUAUCCAAAGCUCAUCUCCUUGAAUUCAGCCCACUUUGACUUCCAGGGCUGCAAUUUCUCAGAGAAGAACAUGUAUGCCCGAGACCGUAGAGAUGGCCAGUCCAAAGAGGGAAGCGGUCGUGUUGCAAUCUACAAAGCCUCAGGGAUAAUACACAGCUACACACUUGAAUGCAACUACAACACUGGACGCUCAGUAAACAGCAUCCCUGCUGCCUGCCACGACAAUGGGCGCGCCAGCCCCCCUCCGCCACCAGCUUUCCCCUCCAGAUACACUGUGGAACUAUUUGAGCAGGUGGGCCGAGCUAUGGCCAUCGCAGCUCUGGAUAUGGCAGAGUGUAACCCAUGGCCCCGAAUUGUGCUGUCAGAACACAACAGCCUCACUAACCUGCGGGCCUGGAUGCUAAAGCACGUGCGCAACAGCAGAGGUCUGACCAGCACUGUGAGCGUGGGUGUGGGCGUGAGCAAGAAGAGAGGAGCUCGAACUCCGCCCAAAAGUAACAAUGGAUUGCUCAUUUCCAGCUCCGAAAACACCUUGAGCCGGGCUCGAAGUUUUAGCACUGGCACAAGUGGUGGUGGUAGCAGCAGCAGCCAACAAAAUUCUCCACAGAUGAAGAACUCUCCCAGCUUUCCUUUUCAUGGCAGUCGGCCUACAGGGCUGCCAGGCCUGGGCUCUAGCACCCAAAAGGUCAGCCAUCGGGUGCUGGGCCCUGUCAGAGAGCCCCGAUGCCCAGACAGAAGACGGCGGCAGCAGCCACUGAACCAUCGUCCUACCACAAGCAGCCUGGCCCCAUCCCCAACUCUUGCUAGUUCUGGCCCAGCCUCCUCACGAAACCUGGGCUCCUGUCUACUGCCCAAUCCACUCAGCUUAUCAGGGAGCAGCUGCUCAUUCUCGUCUUCAGGGGACAAGCCAGAGGCUGUCAUGGUGAUUGGGAAAAGUCUGCUAGGGGCUGGUGCUCGGAUCCCCUGCAUUAGGACUCGUUUGCAGGCUAGGCCCAGGUUGGGCCGGAGCUCACCGCCGACUCGCAGAGGGAUAGGAGGCUCUUCAAGCCCCACAUUCCCUAUCCCCCAGACCAGAGAGAGCAGUGAGCUGGAGCCGGGACCCCGCUCUGCUACACCAGGGCUGCCUCAGGCCGGCCCCCCACGGCCCCGCUCUGCCCCUGCCUUUUCUCCUAUUUCCUGUACUCUAUCUGACUCCCCAACCCGGAUUUGUUACAGCAGGGGGCCCCUGAACCAGUGUGAGGUUUGUUUCGUCCCUAAAUCUCCAUCACUCACUAUUUCUCCCAGGGUCUGACCAUGCCUUUACCUCCAUGCCCAGGACAUAGACCUAAGGUGAGGGAACACAGUGAACGAUAUGUUAGUCCCGUCUUCCAGCUGCUGGUAUCAUGUGACAACAUAGCUCCUUGGGAUACCGGUCACGCGUCUGAGGCCUUGCAGAACAUCACCUUGAGACAGAACAAAACAGGGACCUGCCACCCCUUCCCUCCCUCCACAGCACAAGAUUUUGGGACCACAAAAAAAUAUAUAUCUAUAUUUUUGUAUUGGGGGGAGGGAAUAGAAAAGAAAGCAGCCCCUAUACUGGGCCCUAUUCAGUGGCAGCUUCUUGUUCCAUAGGAUUAAGGAAGACUUUGAGGAAAUAAAAGUUGUUUGGAAAAAUC